AUGGAUAUAAUAAGUCCAGACCCUGACGUUCUCGCCAGGGAUAAAAGCCUGGCUGCUGGCCACGGCCUUAUUUCUGCUCUAGGUUGUCGCCUCUGGGUUCCAGAAGAGGAACGUGAAAACCAUGACCGGCUCGUCAUAAUACACCGCGAACAAUUUUACUACUUAAACCCUGAUGGGUUCCCUAAAAAGGGCUCUAUAUUCAAACUUGAACCGCACAAAAUCGACUUGUGGAUUUUACAAACUUUCACCCAUACCUUCGACCUGGCCUCUCUCGAAUCUUUAGGAUCGGCUUGGUCCCAUGCACAACAAGACAACUUACCCCUUAUGGAAAUAUACCACGAAUAUUUUGAUGCACCAUGGCUCGAAAUCGAACCAAUAUAUUUACACGCUAACAUCACCGAAAUUUCCCAUUUAGGAAAAUUUUUAUACAAAGAACAUAAUGUUCCAGAACCUUUCUGCAGACACUCACGUGACAAAAAAUCAUUCACUGACGAUCUCGAUUCCGUACGACACUGGCUUCGACAACUGAUUAUGAGACAAUCCAACUUGGACGAUAACCACACAACCAUCACAGAGUCACUCAUCAGACAUCGGUGGCUCCUAAAAUACCAAAUUUCCUCUUCCCGGCUUUCCUAUUCUUCCACGUGAUGGGGUCCACCAGGCUUUUUGAAGCCUUUUAUAUUAUACUAAGCAUAGAUGAUAGUUUUUUUUUCUGCGUCUGGGUUUUAUAUGUAGAGGUUAUAUUACUAUACUUUUGUUCCUUUUAUUUUUUUAUUCCCUAAGUCCAAUUUCUCUAGUGUAAGGCGGUAGGAAAAGCUUCGGUUGGACCUCCACGGUUCUUUUUAUAUAUACACACCAGGGUGGCACUGUCUUCGGGCGGUUUGAUU